CUGCAGAGAAUGGCUAGUUUCAAGGAGUGGCCCUCAUUMUUAAUGGUAUUUUUGUUUGCGCACUUUGCUCAAUAUUGCUGCACUCGAAUUGACGAUGAUGGGUGUAAUUAUAGUGGAAAUUCUCAACACAGAUGUGUACCAAAAGUUAACUAUAGGCACAAAGAAAAAGAGGUUCUUGAUCAAAUUUUAGGUCCAGGAAGCUACGAUGCUAGAAUCCGUCCAUCAGGAGUUAAUGGCACAGGCGACUCUCCCUGCAUUGUGUAUGUCAACAUGUUGGUACGGUCCAUCAGCAGAAUUGAUGAUUACAAAAUGUACAGCUGCUUGAAAGUGGAUCUGCUGUUCAAGCGCGAGUUCAGUUACUACCUGAUCCAGAUCUACAUACCGUGCUGCAUGUUGGUGAUCGUGUCGUGGGUGUCGUUCUGGCUGGACCAGAGCGCGGUGCCUGCACGCGUGUCGCUGGGCGUCACCACGCUGCUGACGAUGGCCACGCAGACGUCCGGUAUCAACGCGUCCCUGCCGCCCGUGUCCUACACCAAGGCCAUCGACGUGUGGACGGGCGUGUGCCUGACCUUCGUGUUCGGCGCCCUGCUCGAGUUCGCGCUGGUCAACUACGCGUCCCGGUCGGACACGCACAGAGACGACAUGAGCAAAAAGUGCGACCUGGAGCGCACCGUGUCCAUGGACGUCGGCGACUACGAGGACGGCCCGAACUCGUUCAAUAUGAAGCCGCUGAUGCGCCCCGAGCUGAUGAUGUCCCGGGACAAGAUGAGCCAGAUCAUUCAYCAGGCACCGCCCAUGGAGAAGAACUCGUGCUGGAAGUCGUGGAUGUCCAAGUUCCCCACCAGGUCCAAGCGCAUCGACGUCAUAUCCCGCAUACUGUUCCCGAUGGUGUUCGCCAUGUUCAACAUGUCCUACUGGUCCACGUACCUGUUCCGCGAAGGCGUGGACGAGGACAAGUAAUUCGUCACGCCGAGUCCACUCUGUCGCAGACCGUCGUAUUAUUAURUUUUAAUUUUAAUUUUAAUUAUUGUCGCACCACGGCACACAACAAUAAUAUUAUCAUCAUAAAAAGACGCACGCGACCUCGCGUUUUGUGUAUAAUAUUCGGAUUUCCGUUUCGCAUCAAAUGAUUAUUAUUUCCAUUACGAUCUAUUUUUGAAUUCC